CAUUAUUUUAUUUCAGGAAUCCAUCAACAUCCUUUGCAGCUACAUAGGCAGGAAAAUCUAGAAAUUGUAAUUUAUAUAGAAUUUGAAAAGUCUUCAAUUACAAUGGAUAGAGGGAAGAAAAUACAGCUCAAGAGAGUGUUUGGAUAUUGCUGGGGCACAAGUUUUUUACUUAUUAAUAUCAUUGGUGCAGGAAUUUUUGUGUCCCCCAAAGGUGUGUUGGCAUACUCUUGCAUGAACGUGGGAGUCUCCUUGUGCGUUUGGGCUGGCUGUGCCGUACUGGCCAUGACAUCAACUCUUUGCUCUGCAGAGAUAAGUAUAAGCUUCCCAUGCAGUGGAGCUCAAUACUACUUUCUCAAGAGAUACUUUGGCUCCACAGUUGCUUUCUUGAAUCUCUGGACAUCCUUGUUUCUGGGGUCAGGGGUAGUUGCUGGCCAAGCUCUGCUCCUUGCUGAGUACAGCAUCCAGCCUUUUUUCCCCAGCUGCUCUGUCCCAAAGCUGCCAAAGAAAUGUCUGGCAUUGGCCAUGUUGUGGAUUGUAGGAAUUCUGACUUCUCGUGGUGUGAAAGAAGUGACUUGGCUUCAGAUGGCUAGCUCGGUGCUGAAAGUGUCCAUACUGAGCUUCAUUUCCCUAACUGGAGUAGUGUUCCUGGUAAGAGGGAAAAAGGAGAAUGUAGAACGGUUUCAGAAUGCUUUUGAUGCUGAAUUUCCAGAUAUCUCUCACCUUAUACAAGCCAUCUUCCAAGGAUAUUUUGCAUAUUCAGGCGGGGGAUGCUUUACACUUAUAGCAGGGGAGCUGAAGAAACCCAGAACAACAAUUCCCAAAUGCAUAUUUACUGCGUUACCUCUGGUGACUGUAGUUUAUUUACUGGUUAACAUUUCCUAUCUGACUGUUCUUACACCCAGGGAAAUUCUCUCUUCAGAUGCUGUAGCUAUCACAUGGGCUAAUCGAGUUUUUCCCUCAUUGGCAUGGAUUAUGCCUUUUGCUAUUUCUACCUCAUUAUUUAGCAACCUUCUGAUUUCUAUAUUUAAAUCAUCGAGACCAAUAUAUCUUGCAAGCCAAGAGGGCCAGCUGCCUUUGCUAUUUAAUACACUUAAUAGUCACUCCUCUCCAUUUACAGCUGUGCUGCUACUUGUCACUUUGGGAUCCCUUGCAAUUAUCUUAACAAGUCUAAUUGAUUUGAUAAACUAUAUUUUUUUCACGAAUUCAUUAUGGUCUAUAUUAUUAAUGAUAGGAAUAUUAAGGCGGAGAUACCAGGAACCCAAUCUAUCUAUACCUUAUAAGGUGUUUCUGCCAUUUCCAUUAACCACAAUAGUCAUCGACGUGGGCUUGGUUGUGAUACCAUUGGUAAAGUCUCCAAAUGUGCAUUAUGUCUACGUGCUUCUGUUAGUUCUCAGCGGAUUACUAUUUUACAUACCUUUAAUGCAUUUUAAAAUAAGAUUGGCUUGGUUUGAGAAGAUGACUUGCUAUUUACAAUUACUAUUUAAUAUUUGCCUCCCUGAUACGUCUGAGGAACAGAUGUCAGAAGUGCAAACUGUUAAAAAAUAGCCUUCUAAAAAACAUAUAUCAGAUUCCAAAUCAAGGUUAAACACGUGAUAGAACAUUCAUGGUGAAAUUCCUAUGGUAACUAUUUUUUUUUCUCAAAUGAAAUAAGUAUUGUAUACAAAAGUACCCAAGACAGUACCUGGCUUCAAAGUCACUAAGAAAUUGUUAUGCAUAACUAAAGCUCUGCUUUGUGUGGUAAAAAACUUAAGUCCUGGUUUGCAUAGCUUGAUAGAGUGAUUAUACAUCUCCCAUUCUCUAACUCUUUUUUCUGUAUCCCACCCCUUUUCUACUGAAUUUGUGGGAAUCCUAUAAUAAAAGUGAAUGACUAAAAAUUUUAAAAGCA